AUGCUCCGCCGCUCGCUUCUUUUGACGAUUCUCGUCGUCGUGGGCGACGGUGCGAAUCAUCCGAUUCCGAAGAUUUUGACGACCAUCACCACGACGACCAUCUCGUCGGUUAUUGUGCACGCCCGGCUGCCAGAAGGUAUCGCACUUUUCACUGUCACUUUUUGCUGUCCUUGUCGUCUUUGUAGGUUUUGUGACCGAGUUAGGCCUGAAUUUCAGUGCGAGCGAACCAGACAUGGGAGUGCGGAACCGACGAGUUCACCAAGUCGAUCAGCGAGGGAGAGAUCCUCGCAAAGUGCCCCAAACUUCGAGGUAUUUGCAUAUUUAUAAUAACCGCAUUGACAAACAAGCCUAUGAAGUCAUAGUAGGCCCCCCCCACAAAAAGGCGUGUACAUUGCAGAUCACAUCAACAGCUGCUGCUGGCAGCACGACAACUGUUACGACGCGCAAUCCGGACAGAAAUUCUGCGACGACACCUUCUGCUCGUGUCUUGAGGUACGCGUUUCAGGCCUAGUUAGGCCGAUUAUACUUUCUAGGCCUAGGCCUCAGAUCUCACUUUUCAAGCCUAGAACAGACGUUUCAGGCUGAUUAGGCCGUUCUCCUCUUAUUCUUAAUGGUUUUUUAUGCCUUUUUUUGGCCUCCAAGACCCCCGUAGACUGUUUAGCAGAGUUGAGCGGAAAAACUCAACGGAAGAAGAACACGGAAGAAUUUUUAUCUUUUUUAGAAAAUUUUUUCAUGGAAUGUGAUCAACUGACGAAAUGUAUAGCAAAUUGAACUGUGCUCAUCGAAAAAUAAUUGUAAAUUUAGCGAUUCAUACAAAAAAGUUAUUCGAGUAGUUCCGUGAAAAAAGAGCCAACGGAACAACUCGAAUAACUUUUUUGUAUAAAAAGCUAAAUUUACAAUUAUUUUUCUAUGAGCAGAGUUCACUUUGCUGUACAUUUCGUCAGUUGAUCACACUGCAUGAAAACAUUUUCUAAAAAAGAUAAAAAUUCUUCCCGUGUUCCGUUCUGUUGAGCUCUUCCGCUCAACUCUGUUGUUUAGGCUUUCUCUAGGCCCCCCAAAAAACAAUGCUACAAUUUUCAGCGCCGCUCGCGCAGUUCGAAAUCGUGUCACGACGAGUCGGCGCCGCUGUUCUGCGAUCUGGUGCGCACUUUCGGCGACGACGCCUACCGAGCGUCGGCGCCAAACGCCACGACGACUACCGACGAGGUACCGUACCCGGCAGCAACCGUAAUCCCAACCUACCGUAACCGCAUUGUAACCCCACACUUUCAGAGGUCUUCGUGUCGAAAAUUGUCGAAACUCGUACACUUUUUGCAGUAUGUAGAGCUUGAAUUUCCCUCUGAUUCGUUCUUUUUAACUAUCGUCAUCCACCACAUAACACUUUUGCAAUGUUUCUACCGUAAUCCCUACAGUAAUCCCUCAAAACCGUUGGUUUUCAGGGUCUUGUCGAAAAGGACGACUACGACUACGAGUCGCAAGUGAAAAACGCGACGAUUCCGGUCUAA